AUGUACCGUAUUCUGGUUGCACUAGUCGCUAUUAUUGCAACUGUUCAUGCCAACAAUCGGGCGGCAGUUUGUACCAAAGCUGUCAAUCUAGGUGUCACUUUUUAUACAGCCAAAGAGUUGGAACCGAUCCUCACCUGUGCUGAUGGUCACUUCUACAAUGAUCCAUAUGACAAGGAGCUUGUGUCCAAAUGCAAAACUUGUGUGAUCAAUAACAGUAUGAAUAAGGCUUUGUCUGCAUUGUCGCUGUACAAUGGAUUCAACGGCUGUACCGAUCUUAUGGCUCUUCUCGACAAGCUAUCCGCCCCAUUCAUCAAUCAGUGCAAACCAGUAAUCAACAAGGCUCUCAACACUCUGAAGAACUGCAAAGCCAACAAUAAGCAGACCGGAACAGCUAAGCAGACUGCUUGCAUGAACAAAGUGUACGGUAAUUGCAUCGCAAUGGUCACGAAGGCAUUUGUCAACAAAGUUUGCACUGCUUUGUCCAAGAAAAUGACAUCGAAAGAAUGGAAUUGCUGUAAGCAGUAUGCACCAAAAGUGGUCAAUGCUCAAAUGUACGAAUGCUACAAAAUUGAAAAGUAA